AUGUCCGAACUUCAGACCAUUGUCUCCAUCUGGCAGCUUAUUGCCGAGGUGACCGAGAAUGUCGAAGGGCUCAAGAAGCUCGACAGUGCGUCGCGCAGCCUCGCCAGACGAGUCUCCAACGAGGUCACCAUGUAUGGCCAGUUCUUUUGCAAGCUCACUCUAGUUUCAAACUCCUCAUCCAGUGACGAAUGUCUAUGGAAAAACAUUGAGGCUCGAUUGGGAGACAAGACCGCCCGUCUUCUCGCAUCCAACUUCCAGUCUAUGCAAAAGACACUGAGUAAGCUCAAGAACGAUAUCACGAGUACCAAUCUCGAAACUGCAGUUUUGAACAAGCUGGGACCAAGUGUCGCCGACACUCGGAAGGGUACUGGAACUUCACGGACAACAAUCCAGAAGCGCUUGGACAAACUGUCUACAAUCAACAAGAACUUUGCAUCUUAUAUGGCCAACCCGUGGAUACCACUGCCACAUCUUCUAGGUGCAGAACAAAGGAAGACGAAACCGACUCCGAAGCCCAACGUGCGUACACCAGAAACGUCCAUAGCUGCUUCGAACCCAUCGGCCGAAGGAGCGGAGGGAGAUAUGCAUGGCUGCCCACCCACACAGGAUCAGACUUCCGUAUCAGAAAUGAUUGAUACUCGUGAGCUGAAGACCCAUCGCCGUCCAGGUACUUCGGAGACGGAAAACAGAUCAUUUCUUCAACUUUUGGACGACAUAAAGUCGAAGGUGCCUCUAACUUCACUUCAAGACCUGAUACGACCCGGUAGGAGAAAACUAACCCGGGGGAGGCGGUUGGAUCUCGCUUUUCGGUUCUGUGCAUUCGUUUUGCGGUUAUCGACUACUCCGUGGGCCGACGAUUUCCGGGAAUGGGUCAAUUGGGACAUUAAUUUCGGCCACUUGGAUGGCGAGGCACACUGCGGUCAACAUCCUGGCCGAGACUUUUAUUCACUCCAGGUCUCUGUUGACAAAUCCACCGAUUCGAUGUCAUCUAAGAAAACCCAGUCUCAGCAGCCAAUGCUGACUAAGAUUGGCAUAAGCUUGAUAGAGCUAGCCUUCGGCCAGUCUCUCGGAGAGAUUCGACAGAGUACCCCAGGACUUCUCGUUGAGAAAGAUUUGCAAGAGAAUUUCCAAGCAGUGGACAAGCACCUGCUGGAUAUUCUUACUGCUAAGCAGCUACUCUCUUCCCGCCGCAUUCGAGAUGAAAUCGGCGUUGGUUUUGAAGAUGCAGUCGGUGCCUGCGUCUAUCGACAAUUUCAAGAGUUCCGCAGCCUGGCCAUUAAGGAGCUCAACAUGGCGCAGGAAUCCUUCCUGGAAGAUGCAAAAUAUGCUAUUUUGGCACCAUUGUACCGAGAAAUUAUCAAAUAUUCUCAGCACGAGUGCGAUGGAAACCACUUUGAUACGCUCGGUCCUGGAGAUAUUACAGGCAACCCAGAAAUCCGAACGAUUGCAGUGGCAGUUGCUAGCAUCGCCAUGACGGCAGCUGUCGUCUUGCUUCUCGAAGCCUACGGCUUCGUCCAAAGAUUCGGCCUUGUACUUCCCGGGCAACUGGGUGGCGAGGCCAACGCCGCCGCCAAUGCUGCGGCCUCUGGUGCCAACUCUCUGGCACCUCGUCCGUUGCGCCGCUCGCCGCGGAACCACACACCUGCGUGA